UUCUCUUUCGUCUUUUUGAAGUGUUGUUUCAUUUGCAUCGCUUCGUAUUACUCUAUUCCUAAUUUUCUAAUUCUCGUAUAAAAGUAAUUCCAUGUUUCUUUUAUUCUCAGUUGUGUGAUACAAACAAUUUGAUUAGUUAUUUAUUCGUGAUAAUACUUUGAUUUUGGUUUACUGGUGAGGAUACCAUGAGUAAUUACGAUGACGACCAAAGUGAAGACGGAGAAUUAGCACGCAGCCCCAUACAUGAUGAAAUGGAUUUUAGCUUAUCUGAUGAGGACAGAGACAAUGCUGACUCAUUGGUAAUUAAACCUCCUCAAGCCGUGAUUCGACCUUCACAUAGGGACAAAAGAAAUCACAAACGUUCAGGAAAAGAGAGAUACAAGGAAGUAACAUCAAGAAAAGAGAAAAAACACUUUUACAGGGAACGUGAUAAGUCUGAUAAAGCUAAACGUGGAGAGGUACCAAAAAACCUGGAACGUGAAGAUAUGACGAAAGAGUAUUAUAGAGAAAAACAGUACUACAGAGAAAAAGAUCCAUAUCGGGAAAAGGAUAUGAGGGAAAAAGAAUUAUACCAUGAAAGGGAAAUGUACAGAGAAAAGGAUGUGUAUAGAGAAAAGGACCCUUAUAGAGAACGAGAACAUUAUAGGGAAAGGGAAAUGUACAGGGAAAAUCCUUCAUACCGUGAAGCCCCACGGCAAAGAGAUGUAUACAGAGGGAAAGAGAUUUAUAAGGAAAAAGAUGUCCAGAGGGAACGUGAAAUGUAUUUAAGUCGUGAAAGACAAAAGUAUGCAGAUAAUGAGAGAAAACGAUAUGAAACAGAGAAAAUUGAAUCUAGGUUAAGGGUAAUAGCUGAAGAAAAUAGACCUAAUCAUAAUGAGAAAGAAAAUAGAGAUAGAACUUCUGGUGAUAAAGAGCUUGAAGAUUUACGGACAAGAUUACUUAGUAAAAGAAUAUCUAAAGAAUUACAAAAUCAAGACAAGAAACAGUCAGAUUACACAGAUAAAGAAUCAAAAUCUGAUGAUCGUCAAAGACAUUCUUCAUCAUCAUUGGAUAGACAUCAACAAGAAAGAAGAAAACGAUUGUUAGAAGCUGAAAAAGAAAUGGAAAAACGAAAACAUGAAUCACGCACCGAAUUAGAAGCUCGACGUGAGGAACGUCGUCGUCGUGGAAAGAAAAGAUCGGUUUCGCCAGAUGAUGUUGCCAACAAGAAAAAGCGACAACAAUCCCCUAACUAUGACUCUGUUGUGACGGUAUCAGAUGCAAGUGACACAGACAUGAAAAGUGAUUCUGUUCAUUCAGAACCUGAAGAAGGUGAACAUUCACAUAGUGAGACUGAUGAAGAGACUACUACAGAUUCGGAUUCCGAUGCUGAGUCGAAAUCAGCAGAUGAUGAUGAUGAUGAUAAUGAAGAAAAAUCUGAAAAGGAAGAUAGAAGUGACAAAGAGGAAGAUGUGGAGAAAACAAGACAUAAAUCCAAAUCCAAGUCUAAAUCACCCUCACCUAAAUCAGUUCACAGAAGUCCAUCAUCUCAUGGAUCCAGAAGAUCUAACUCUAGAUCGAAAAGCAGAAGUAGAUCUCAUUCAUUUUCACCGCCACCUGUUGGUGAAAAUGGAAAGGCGACUACCGAAGAAGAGAAAGUGGAAGAUGAUGAUGAUGAAAAAUUGAGAUUAAAAGAAGAAGCAAUCAACUUGCUGCCACCAUAUUUCCCUGCUUUACAGGGAUGUCGAUCAGUUGAGGAGUUUCAAUGUCUGAAUAGAAUUGAAGAAGGCACAUACGGAGUUGUUUACAGAGCUCGUGAUAAGACCACUGAAGAAAUAGUGGCUUUGAAACGUUUAAAAAUGGAAAAGGAGAAGGAGGGUUUCCCUAUCACUUCGCUGAGGGAGAUCAACACUUUACUUAAGGGCCAGCAUCCCAACAUCGUGACCGUGCGGGAGAUCGUCGUCGGCUCCAACAUGGACAAGAUCUUCAUCGUCAUGGACUACGUCGAACACGACCUGAAGAGCCUCAUGGAAACGAUGCGGGGAAAGAAACAAGUCUUUCUACCUGGUGAGAUAAAAUGUCUAAUGACACAACUGUUGAAGGCUGUCCAUCACCUACACGACAACUGGAUAUUGCACAGAGAUCUUAAAACAAGUAAUCUUCUCUUAUCACACAAAGGAGUGUUAAAGGUGGGAGACUUCGGCCUGGCGCGUGAGUACGGCUCGCCCCUCCGCCAGUACACGCCCAUAGUGGUGACGCUGUGGUACCGCGCGCCGGAGCUGCUGCUCUGCUGUAAAGAGUACUCCACGCCCAUCGACAUGUGGAGUGUCGGCUGCAUAUUUGCUGAAUUCAUUACAAUGAACCCCUUAUUCCCCGGAAAGUCUGAAGUCGAUCAGCUAAAUCGUAUAUUUAAGGAUCUUGGUACUCCGUCCGAGUUGUUAUGGCCGGGCUACAACGAGCUACCGGCGGUGCAGAAGAUGACGUUUGCGGAACACCCGCCGGGUGGACUGCGCCAGCGCAUCGGAUCCGACCUGCUCUCCGAAGCUGGCUUGUCUCUAUUGCAAGGAUUUCUUACAUACAAUCCCGCCCGAAGACUAACGGCUGAUGCGGCGUUAGAACACGCCUAUUUUAAGGAGCAACCGGUAGCGAUAGACCCGGCGAUGUUCCCGACGUGGCCGGCCAAGUCGGAGGGCAACCGGCGCACGACACACAGUCCGCGCCCGCCCGCCGGCGGUGCUGCGUACGCGCAGUACGCGCGCUCCGAUUCCGACGACACUCUCGGCUUCCAGCUGCACGCGCGCUCGCUCAACGUCGCCCCGGGGUUCUCGCUCAAGUUCUAAACUAACACUUACCUUUUCUAUUAAAAUAAACUGACAUUAUCAGACCUCAACCCUUUUCUGAAGUGAUAGAUGGUAAGGGGAGGUGGACUUGACGAGGCAGGCAAAGACAGAUAUACCUUUUUUGCACAUCCUCUCCUCUGACCAUUACAGGUAGGCAACGUAUCUGCAACCUUUUAACUGUAGAUGUUUAUGGGCAGCGGUUACUUUGUUAUUUUAGCAAUGUGAGAUGACUUCUCGCCCAUUUACCAUCUUCUCUAUAGAAAAAUUAAACAAAUUAACCAACCUCAUUCACUGGAAAUUAUUGUAUUCAAAGUGAAUGAGAGCCUGUGAAAGGAUAGUUCAAUAUGUUUCACCUAGUAUUGACGUUAAAAGUGUAUAAACCAACAUACUUUUCAAUCUAAAUGUCCUUUGGUAAUGAAAGGGAUUUAAAAAAUAGGUGCAAAUGCAAGAAAAUAUGGUAUAGUGUAUUACGCGUAAAAAUCUAUACUUAUGUAAACUAAUGUAUACAAAAAAAUAUAUAAAAACCUAAAAAGUAAAAAGAUCAAUCCAUC